CAGGUACUUCCUAUUUCGGAGCCAGCCCGGGUUUCGUCUCUGGUUGAGUCUCCUCCAUGCUGCUCAGAAUGGUGCUUUUCUAGUUCAACAUGGAGUUGACUCAAAGGCCAAGCAAUGGGGGAGCCAUCCUCUUUUGUUUUAUUUUCUAAGAUGCAGAGAACAUCUCUCUGUGCUUUGAGAUUCUGCCUGCGGAGUUGGGAUGGUGGAAGACGCCUCAGACACCUUCUCGGGGAAGAGUCGCAGACUCCCUACACAGAGGAGCAGAAGGGUGCAUGAGCCCCCUCGUCCUGAGGGAGGAGGGCAGCCCACAGGUUUCUUCGGGAACUAUGGCUGUCUUCUCAGUCUCUGGCCAGGUCAUUUGUAUUUGAGUUGGAGCAUCAUUGACUGAAAAUCAUCAAGCUUCAUAAAGAUGCCUCGGGCUGACCAAAGUGAAACUGAUUAACUUGGAAAAGGAAAAAAGAAAUGUCAGUAACUGUCAGCAGGUUGUUCCCCUUUGGUGCUUACGCUGUCUUACGAGCCUGUGGGGAGUCUCUCUCUUACCCUCCUUGUUUAUCCCCGUUUUACGAAUGAGAAGCCUAAAGAGAAAGGAACUUGCUGCAGCCACACAGCGGGCUGCACACUCAUCCCAACGAGUAUUAUGAGCUUGGGGAGCUCAGAGGAGGUGCGGGUCUGCACAUGUGGCAGAAUGGAGGAGGCGAGGGGUGCUUCACGCUCUCCGCACGUGGACCCUCAGGAUGGCAAGAAGGUCGCCAGGCAUCCUGAACCACCCAGAUGACGCAGGAUGGAGGUGCCAGGACUCACUUCCCCUGCCUCGCCUGCCAGGGACCAGCCAGCGACGGCUCCUGGACACGCAGGAGCCCCCGGUGGGCAGGUCUCACCUCACCUGACCCUGAGCCCUGUCGUUCUGCCCCCGGAGCAGGGUCUGGCCCCUACAGUGUUCCUGAAGGCCUUGCCCCUCCCAUUGUACCACACAGUGCCUCCGGGGGGCCUCCAGCCACGUGCCCCCCUAGCCACACGCAGCUUGGAUGGGGGCGGCGCACCCUUUCUUCUCAGCCCCCUGCUGCGGCCUGAAGGACCUGGCCCUGCCCAGGUGGGGAAGCCGGCACUCGUGUGCCCGGCUCUCACCGUGAACAUCGUGGGCACUCUGCCUGUCCUGUCGCCAGGACUGGGGCCCACGCUGGGGAGCCCGGGCAAGGUACGGAAUGCCGGCAAGUACCUUUGCCCACACUGUGGCCGGGAUUGCCUGAAGCCCAGUGUUUUGGAGAAGCACAUCCGGUCCCACACCGGUGAGAGGCCCUUUCCAUGUGCCAUCUGUGGCAUUGCCUUUAAGACCCAGAGCAACCUGUAUAAGCACAGACGCACCCAGACCCACCUCAACCACUCUCGACUGUCCUCAGAGUCUGACGGAGGUGGGGGCAGCCUCCUGGAGGAGGGGGACAAGGCUGGAGAGAGCUCCAGAGCAGAAGGCCUGGGGGACGGCAGCAGCCAGAGAGUGGGUGAUGGGGCCCGAUCAGAGAGACCCCUUUCUCCAGGCACCCAGGGUGCUGGGCACUGCCCGGUGCCUGCCAUGCGCCUGUCUUCUGUUGCCAAGACCCUGGGUCUGAAGUUGGAAGCUGUUCCCUGUCCAGGGUCCACAUUUGCUGACAGAGAGACCCCUGUGAUCUCUGCCCACACAGCCUCCCCUGGGCUCGCCCUGCCUGGCUCCCAACCAAGGUGGAAGCUGCCAGAGCAGACGUCCCCGACCGCCGGCCGGCUGUGCUCCCUACAGCAGCAGCAGGCAGCCACGUCUUCAGAGAAGCCCUGGGACACUAAGGCCUCAGAGGGCCGGCUGCGGAAGUGUGAGAGCACUGACUCGGGCUACUUGUCCCGCUCGGAUAGUGCAGAGCAGCCGCCGGCCCCUGGAAGCCCCCCGCGCGGCCUGUUGGAGCAUAGGGCUGAGUCCGACGGGGAGGUGGCACUGGGGUCUGGGGGACCCGGCCUGCAGCUGGAGAAGAAGAAGCUAGAGGAGCGCAUCUCCUGGCUCAUCUCCCACAAUCAGGCUGUGGUGGACGAUUCCCAGCUGGACAACGUGCGGCCCCGCAAGACAGUCCUGUGCAAGCAAGGCAGUAUCGACCUGCCCAUGCCCUACACCUACAAAGAUUCCUUCCACUUUGAUAUCCGGGCGCUGCAGCCUGGCCGGAGGAAGCCUGCUGCCCUCACCUCGGCCCAUUCUGCCUUCACCCCCCCAGACAAGGUGCGGCCGCUCUUCUUUCACUCGGUCCCCACUCAGCUCUCCACCACUGUGGCAUGUGUGCCCGUCACCAGGAGCAACUCACUGCCUUUUGUCGAGGGCACCAGGACAUGGCAGGAGCCCCCGGACCACCAGGAUGCCUGCCCCAGGAGGCAGAAGCCUCUGAGCCCCAGGCCUGCCCCCUCCCGACUGGUGGAUGUCCCCAGUGGCCACCCCCGGGCCCUGGUGAGACAGGUUGCCGUGGAGGACCUGCCCUGUCCCCCUUCUGGAGACAGCCUGGUGCCUGCAGAGGACCCGGAUGGAAACAGAGCUGCUGCUGGGGAGGGGGCAGCCAGCAAGGGCAGAGCAGCCAGUAAGAAAUGCAGCCAGAGGAAGCUGAAGAUGUUCUCCCAGGACAAGUGGCAGGUGUAUGGGAAUGAGACGUUCAAGAGAAUCUACCAGAAAAUGAAAACCAGCUGCCAUGGAGGCAAGAAGGCCAGGGAGAUGACCGUGGGUAGUGGGACAGAGCUGGACCUUCCUCUCCAGGAAGAGGUAGCAGGGAAUGAGGGCACAGUACCGUCCCAGGACGGGAGGAGCCCUGGUCAUGGAGACACAUCUGCGGGGGCCAAACCAGGGCCUUGCCAAAAUCCACUGGCCCCGGAGGGCUUCUUAGUGAUGGAACCCCCCAAGCAGAGGGCGAUGGUAGCCCAAGCGGGAAGCAGUGACCAGCCUCGGGUGAACAGCGCCAUGUCUCCUCCCACCGUCCGCUGCACAGAAGCCUCCUGUUCAGGUGGCAAGAGCCCCCUCCUUUCUCCAAGCAGGAGGCUGGAGCUGGGGUGUCAGCUGCCACCAGUACCUGGUCCCCUCAGGGGAGGUGAUAGAGAGACUCCCAAGCUGGUUUUGCCAGACCCUAAGCUGGAAGGAGGCACCCUUCGUGGUGGGGACAAGAAGGAGCCCUGUCAGUGGACCCAAACUGUGCCGAGGCGGCCCAGUGGUAGCUCUGGGGAACCCCAGCCCUCAGAGGACAAGCUCCCCUCAGAGAGGAAGAAGCUGAAGGUGGAGAAGCUGAGCUGCCAGGAGCAUUCAGAGCCUCUGGGAACAGAAAGAGAGGCCCCAGGUGGCCCCAUGCAGGCCGCCUCCCCACCGUCUCAGAACCAGGACAGUGACCCUGGGGAUAAGCCAGGGGAGCUACGUGAGAGUGCUGAUGGCAUGGCGAGGGCCAGGGCUGGGCAGCCAGGUAGGCCGUUGGAGCUUUCUGGCGCCGCCUCUGCUACUCCUUCUGUGGCCCAGAGGCAGGCGGAGCUGGGGGAAGAGAUCUUGCCGUGUCCUGCAGCCACGUCCCUUGGGCAUCAUUCCCACGUGGCAUCUGGUGUCCUCACUGCUCUGGCAGACACUGCCUUCCCCCCCAAGUACCUCCUCAAGUUGCCUCAGGGAGAGACCUGCCCACCGCCUUCUGUCACCGCGAGGCUGGGAGAAGGCCAGGACCCUGCGUGCAGGAGCAGGCGGCCUGAGGAACUGGUGUCCUUUGUUGGGUCAGGGCUGGGGACCCGCCUGCCUCCCUGCCCAGCCUCAGGCAUGGCCACCAGUGGGGCACACAGCUUCAAGGAGGACCCCAGCUGCUCUAGGCCAUGGGGCAGGAGAAAAGGGGAACAGGGAGAGGAGAAAGGAGACUUGGACACUGGCACCCCAGCAGGGGGGCAGUCCCCUGGCUCAUCUGCCGGCACCCCCAGGGAGACCGCCUCCUUUCUGCCCACCCCAGUGUGUGCCACCCGGCAGAGUGGGCCCCCUGACACCUGUCACCUCUGCAUGGGCAGCACCGCAGUGGGCGCCAGGCCAUCUGGGGGUGUCCCGAGUCCCUGCGCACUCAGGGAGUUGGGGGGACCUACAGAGAAUGUCCCGGAAGACCCUCCUUCAGGACCCCUGGCUGGGCUCAGUUCCUGCUGCUCCUUCCUCGCGGCCUCCACCCCCCCCAGCUGGCCGGAGCUGGCCUCGUGUACCCACUCAGAGACCCAGCGGAGUUUCAGGGCCCACGGCCCUUUCCCGUCAUUGAGGGCCGAGCCCCGACUCACAUGGUGUUGCUUGAGCCGAAGCCUGCCUCUGCCCACAGAGCAGAAGGAAAAGGCUGCUUCUGUGUACUUGGCACUGCACUUCCUUGGUGGCAGCACCCAGGCCAAGGGUCCAGACACCCGGCCCGUGAGCAGGACAGUGGGAGGAUGGAUGAAGACAGGCCUGGGAGAAGGAGGGCAGGUCCAGACGUCAAAGCUCUCCUGCCCGGUGGCCUCAGGGAUAGUGUCCCAGGAGCGGGUGUCUGAGCCUGAAGGGAAGAAAGGACUGCUGUGGAGGAAGGCGAAGAUGUUUCGGGGAAACGGCAAACGGAAGCUGAGCGUCUGCUCCAGAAGGUACAAAGGCAGUUUUUUACAGAGCCGCGUUCAGCUGAGAGGGAGUGGACUGCGCAGGCCACCCAGGGUGCUGAGAAGAGGCCGCCACCCCUCCCCACUCGAGGGGCUGGACCCACGUGGGACCUGCAGGCAGCCUUCUUCAGAAAUGGCAGGGUGUUUACCAUGUUUGCUUGGUGCAUUUUCUGCGUCCUACUGUGGUGGCUGCAUCUCUCCCCCGUUAGACGGUCUGAAUCUGCAGGAGGAGCCAUCUCGUGCCUCUUCAGGAUCGCCUGCUGGUUGUGGGCACAGGGAGGAGGAGGAGGAGGAUGGCUCCAGACGAACGUCGGGAAGCUUCUCUCCCAGCACAAGUUCACGGGCUGGCAGUGGAAUAGACCAUGUAACCAUGAAGGCGAUUUCUCCAGCUGCCGGUGGGCACGGUGACCGCUGCCCUCGGAACACUGCUGCUGGGUCACGACUGUCAGAGCACUCCGAGUCCUGUGUGGCCCCGGCUAAGAAUGACAGCCUCCUGUCUCGAGGCGGAGGUCUCAGCCCGGGCUUGCUGGAGCCCCAGCCUCUGCCCUCCCAGGAGCAAGUCUCCAUGGAUCUGAAACCAUACGUUUUCUCAGAUGCUCAAGAACCUUCUUCCCCUGAGUCCAAAGGAACCUCCCCCUGCAAGGAUGUUGCUCCCUCUGUGGGUGCCAUGUGUGCUCUGGGGGAGAGAGCAGCUCACACAGCCGUGGGGAUUCACAGUGCAGAGCCACAAGACCAUAGUGCUGCAGGGGAGGCCCUGACACGAAGCUCCCCAGACAGAAAAGCUAGAGCGGAGGGCAUGUCGCCACCAGUACUGCCAGGGAGACCUUCAUCUGGGCAAAGAAUUUCAGGUUUGGUUUUGCUGGGGUCAGCUGGAAAAACUCAUCUUGAAAUACCAGCUUUAGGACCAGGCUUGGCUAGUUCAUACCAAGAGGAAGGGGAACACAAGAUGUCUUUUCCUACCAGGGGACAGUACAGGUGUGGGGAGAGGAAAGCCCCCUGCCCUCCCUUAGGAAAAGACGGUGGGGAAUGUCGAGGCCCUGGAUUAACUGCUCUAAAGGACCGUGUGGUUACUUCUAGCCCAGGGCAGCCCAGAGACGCUCCCGAAGUCCCUUCAAAGACUGUCAAGAGGAGGGGUCUGGAAGGACUGAGAAAGCAGACUCGAGUGGAGGUCAGUGACUCUAGCAGUGACGACGAGGACCGGUUAGUGAUAGAGAUGUGAAGCUUCUGAGCCUGGGGUCGGAGCCCAGAUGCUAUCAGGCUGGCAGGACAGCUGAACACUCGUUCACCAAGCACCUCCCUACGAGGAAAGCCAUUGGGGAUCUUUCCAAGGCAUCCCCAGCCAACUCCAGCCCGCAUUCCCCCGGCCCCCUUGCGAUAUACCAGGUGCCAGGAAGGGCAAAGGGAGCAAUGGAGCCCAGUCCAGGAAUGCUUGGUGCACAAAGAUUGCACUCGCCUCCCAGCCACGUCCUCUGCGUCAUUCCCCACUGCCUCGUCCAUGAGGUGGCGUUAACCAGGACAGCCGGUCUGCAUGUUGAUGUGCAAGUGAACCUGUAGAGUCAAGUGGACCGACUUCCUCCGUCAGUGAGCUGAGGGUUUGCUUCAGAGGUGGUAAGCACACGUGGGUGAUCGGGGUCGCUCGCAGAGGAAAUGGGUAUGAAUGGGGCAUCAAGAUACAUCUGUUCAUUCUGGAAACAAAAUCCAGAUUCAUUAAAACUGCAGUUUGGUUAGAAUAACUUGCGUCCUUAGGGGAAAUUGUAAAUAUACUCCAAAACGCCUAUGAUCUGGUGAAAUGCUGAUUAUCUUAAAUGUUCCGCCAGUGGUCAAUGCUUACAUGUGAUCCAGCGACACAAGCAUGCACUGCUCUUGGGCCCGGUGCUUUUUCUGUUGAGACCUCUGAAACCCUUGGUUUUUUAGCUCUUGCAAAGGAACGCUGUGUUAAAAGUUAAUAGAACAGUCUCUGUAAUGAGUCAUUUUUUGAGGGGGAAAAAUUCAGUUAUUUUUCUCUGAUUCUUUCUGUCAUAUUGUGCUCUGAGCAAUUUCAAUUAGAGGGUUACAUUUUAGUAAUCUCUUCAGCUUAAAUUGAUGCCUGCUCAUCGUGACGGGAGCCUUUUAGAUUUCCUCCAGAAGCUUCAAGGAUACAAAACUAAUUGGAGUUUUGACGCUGUUUUACAUCUCAGUAAUUUUAUUUUGGGGGCUUGGUGUUACUUUGCUGUCAAAUUAAAUCAGCCUCUGUAUUGUGCAAGUCAGAACAGUACAGAUAAAAUUCCCCCGUAUUCCAAGCCAGUGCGCCCCUGUGCAGAAGAAAAUAGCUGAUCGACGUCAGCCAACUCAGUGAGCGAAGAGUUCUUCUCCUUCUCCUUAAAUGGGAGAGGAAAAACUUAAAGAGAUUUACACUGCUGCAUUUCAAAAAAAAUUUUUAUACUUGCUUUUGGUAUGAUUUUGUACAAUUUGAAAUUUAUAGCCAAGCUCUUUUGGCUUAGCUUUUGAUGUGAUGAAGUAUAUAUGACAUCUUGAACCUUCAGGAGCAGCAGCAAUGCACAGUAUCUCACACACGUGAACACACUUAACGUGUCCUUGCCUGGGACUAAGGAUGGGCAAGUUUCAAGUAUUGUCAACGUGAGUUUUCUGAUUGUGGAGUUAUUCAUAGGAAACUUCAAUACAAGACCAGCUUCCCCUGGUGACUUAGCGUAUAUGAGACGCACUCAUAAAUAUUCAGGUGAUUUCAAGCCCAGCCAAGGAAAACGUAAGAAGGGAGGGGAAAGGAUGCUAGGUAUUCACUUUGUGUACGUUUUGUUCUUUGUGUGCUUCUUAAACCAAACAAAAGCGAUGUGGUGAUUAUCUACCUUUGAAUGUUCCAUGCUCCUGUAAUGAGAGAGGAGGUCUAGGAAAGUGGCUGAGUCUUGGAGGGAGAGUAAAAAGCCUACCGUGUCCUUACUGAGCUGGGAACUCAUGGGUAAGACACAAGCCCUCUGCACCUCAGUUUCUCCAGCUGAGAAUCAGAGUUGGACCGGAUGAGCUGGAUGUGUCUCCAGGCUCCAGUCCUUGUCAGAUGAACUCCCUCUCGUUUACCUACAGAGGUUUGGGGACUCUGAGGUGGCCUCCAUGGGGAGGGCCCCCCACAAGACAUUUCAGGGGGGACCAUGGAGAGCUGAAGCAUGAACAUCUUCAGCCAAGUAUUGCCAUGAAGAACAUGAGCUCAGAGAAGCUCCAUAUGAUUUCUUUUUCCUUAGAGUUCCAGAUUUUGGGGGUACGGUCAUCCAGUUUAUACAUUUGGCUCGUAAUUCAAAACUUGAAAGCAAACCCAGAACACUACCAUGUGAGGGGAAGACAGCAUGUCUGUGGGCUGAAUUGACUACUCUGUCUGGAGACGCCAUGGUUAGGGGAAGAAAAUUAUCUUCCAGAUAUUUUUUUCCUGGUGGCUGCUAAGCUGUCAGUGAGAUUGCUGAUCUAUAUCAGUAAGUCACAGUUCCAAAUAGCACUGACCUUCAGAUGGUGGUGGAAGUUCUGUCCUUCUGAGAGCCACCAUUGCUGGCUGCCACAUCCCAGCCUGGAUCCAGUAUGGUAGAACAUUGAUUCCAUCUCUCUGACUCCUUGUAUGUGUGUCUUAUCAGGGCAAGCAGGUUGCUAAGCCAUCCCGUCAGCUGGUCAUUUGCAAUGGGUGGCCGUGUUUACAAGGGUGCCUCACUUUAUAUCAGCAUGAAUUGUGAAAAGCUAUAUUCCAAUGGAUUU